AUUUAAUUCAUGUUGUUGAGAAUUAUUAAGCAAUACCAAUUCAGUCAAAUAGGAAGAAUGAAAUAAAAAAAAAGAAGUCACAUAAAAUACUUUUCUAAACCAAUAAUUGAGGUUUGAUACAUAAAUUUUAUUUAGGGUCAAUAUGGUGUAGUUCCAUCAAGAGCAGUUCCAUCACAUAUUCCAAGACCUAGUUAUAUAUGUAUUAGAACAAUUAAAUAGAUUAGCUGAGGCAAAACCUGUCUAUGGAAUUUAUGAAGGAGCACCUGUUGUUCAUAAUUAAGAUAUGAUCCAAAGUAAAAAAAGAUGAUUUAAAUUUAGAAUUAAGAAAGGCAGCUUAAAUAGCAGCCAAAACUGUUUAUGUGGCUUAAUAAUCAGUCAAAUAAGGAAUGACAACAGAUGAUAUAGAUAAAAUAGUGCAUGAAUAUAUAAUUUCACAAAAUGCAUAUCCUUCUCCAAUAGGAUUUAUGGGUUUUCCAAAAAGUGUUUGUACUUCUGUAAAUGAAGUUUGCUGUCAUGGAAUACCUAAUUUAAGACCUUUAGAAUAUGGUGAUUCUUUUAAUAUUGAUGUGACUAUAUUUUAUGAUGGAGUACAUGGAGACACUAGUGUUAUGGCAUAGAUUCCUGAAAUGAAUCCUGAAAUUACUAAAUUAAUAAAUACAACAUAAAAAGUUAUUAAUUAAUUGUACAAAUAGAAUAGGCUCUUUAUGAAGCUAUUAAAAUUUGCAAGCCAGGAUAGAAAUUCAAUAAAAUUGGAGAUAUAGUUGAAGAAGUCGCAGCAGAAGAAGGAUUCACAGUUUGUGAAUUAUUUACAGGACAUGGAAUUGGUGAAUUGAUGCAUAUGCCUCCAACUAUAAUCCAUAAUUGUAUUUAUUAAGAUUGAAAUAAUAUAGUUAAUGAUUAUCCUGGUGUGAUGGUUCCUGGAAAUGUAUUUACAAUAGAACCAAUUUUAUUAAUGCAUCAUGAUUAGUAUUUUAUGUGGAAGGAUAAUUUUACUGUUGUUUCUCCAAAUAAUCCAAGUGGUAAUGAGAUCUAUUUUAAAUUGUUAGCUUAAUGGGAACAUAUGAUUUUGAUAACUGAAACUGGAUAUGAAGUUUUAACAAAGAGAGAGGAUGAGACUGGAAUAUGACUU